GCUUUUUUCAAAAUGGACAGAAGAGCACAGAGACUGAAUGUCACCUUUGGAAACCCCAACAUCUCUGUACCUGGAGAGGAAAUUGAAGAAGAAGCUGUUUAUGCUAAUGUAGCUGCACCCACUGCAAACAAACGGAAAGCCACCUCAGCAGGACCCCUGCCAGACAAGGAAUCUGAAAAAAGAAGUUGCUUUAAAAAGUUGGCUUAUUGUUUUGGGAUUGCUUGUGUCAUUUUGUCGUUGGGAGUUGGUGGAGUGUUUGCCUACAUUGUAUCUAUUCAUGACGUGACGAGCCAGUUAAAGUCCAACCAAACGGCUCUACAGGAAGAAAAUUACAACUUGAACUCCCACAUCAGCAGUCUGACUUCAGAGAAAGAAAACUUGACCAGGAACCUUAGAAAUGUGACAGACCAGCUAAAUCAAAAGAGAAACCUGGAGACACAAGUCCAGACGCUGGAGACAGAGAAGAAAAAGCUAACAGAACAAAUUCAAAAGGAGGCAAAGGUGAUUCAGUUCAACACCAGUCGAGCUCAAUGGAGCCUCAAUGCCUACUGUCAACAACAAGACAGCCCAAGAACAUGUAAACCAUGUGAGAGCGGCUGGUUACACAGUCAGUCCAGCUGUUAUGCAGUAAAUAAGCCUGAUUCUGCUGGUCAGAAAAACUGGGAAGAAGCUCGAAAAGACUGCAGAGGAAAAGGUUCACACCUGGUUGUUGUAGCUGUUGACAAUGAAAAGGAAACUGUCAGUGGUUACAGUUGGGAGAGUUCUGGGUUCAGAGGAUACUGGAUCGGUCUGAGAGCAAAAGAUGGGAAAUGGAAGUGGGUUGAUGGAAGUGAUUUAGCUAACACCUCCUGGAUGACUGAACCUGCCACUGAUGGUCGAUGUGUAAUCUCUGUCCACAAUGGAGGAUGGAAAUCAGUGAGCUGUGAUGAAAAGCAGCGGUGGAUCUGUGAAAAGGCAGCUUUAUCUGUUUAAACCUGCAGUCAAACUUCAUGUAAUUGUUAAUGAAAUUAUAGUAUACAGUAUUUCUGAAAUAACAAAGACUUGUGUUUCAGUUUUUGUUUUAAUAAUGUUUGUAAUUGUUUUUAUUAUAAAGAAAAAGAAAAGUUGUUCAUAUUACUAUUUGUAUAUUUGUAUAUUGAAUAAAUGCUGUACUGAGUUAAAAUGUAAUUACAUUCUAUGUCAUGCCUGUACAAGGUGUGAUUAUGGACAUCAACAUUCAGAGAAAUACAUGUAUAAUAUUACAGAUACACUCAACUGUUUCUCAUUAAAAAGUCUGACUUUGUUUAUCUUCUUUGAUAAAGUUACAGCGAUGUCAUUUAUCAGCAAAUGGAGGACCAACAAGACUGGUCUGGUUCCUGUUUAACUUUUAAUUCCUGCUGUUGUUUGACCAGCAGAUGGAGCUGUAUGACUUUACAGGGGACACAGAACAAAGUAUUUUAUGUAAAGAACCUUCAUAUAAGAUUGCAUCAAAUAAUAAAUAUAAAUUGAAACCAA